AUCCAUCUCGACACCACCACCACCGCAUUCCACCAGCUCCAUCUCACUCCAAGCUCCAGCUUCUACUACAUUUGCCACUCUUACCCUCCCUCCACCACAGACAUCCCAAAAUGCCCCCCAAGGCCCAGAAGACUCCCACCACCGGCGGCAAGGCCCCGGCUGGCAAGGCACCCGCUGAGAAGAAGGAGGCUGGCAAGAAGACGGCCGCUCCCUCUGGUGACAAGAAGAAGCGCACCAAGACCAGGAAGGAGACCUACUCCUCCUAUAUUUACAAGGUCCUCAAGCAGGUCCACCCCGACACUGGUAUCUCCAACCGUGCCAUGAGCAUCCUCAACUCCUUCGUCAACGACAUCUUCGAGCGCGUCGCCACUGAAGCCUCCAAGCUUGCUGCCUACAACAAGAAGUCAACCAUCUCAUCGCGCGAGAUCCAGACCUCAGUCCGACUUAUCCUGCCGGGUGAGCUUGCCAAGCACGCCGUCUCUGAGGGCACCAAGGCCGUCACCAAGUACUCUUCGUCUACCAAAUAGAGUACUUUCUUCGCUCGGUGUUUCUCUUUUGGGUUUUCUUGCUUGUCUGUUCCGACAAGGCGGUUAUGGGGUGCGGUGUUCACGGGUCAUUUGCUAAUGUGAUCAUGGGUCGGUUUGCUUGUCAUCGAAUCAUCUAGUCGUGAUUGACUAUGAGGUCCAUCUGGGUCUGUACAUUAUACCACAGCAGACGGGAACGAAUCAAU